AAAUUGUGAUAUCUUAGUGACAUCACGGCAGCACUGAUCAGUUUCCGUUUGGGCCGGCAGCCAUCUUUCUCUCGAAACCCGUACAAGUCAUCGUUUUCUCACGUCUGCAGCGUGUCAGGGCAACAAAAUGCAGAUUUUCGUUAAGACAUUGACGGGUAAGACCAUCACCCUUGAGGUUGAGCCUUCUGAUACCAUCGAAAAUGUUAAGGCGAAAAUCCAAGACAAGGAAGGUAUUCCUCCCGACCAGCAACGUUUGAUUUUUGCUGGUAAACAGCUGGAAGACGGACGCACUUUAUCUGAUUACAACAUUCAGAAAGAGUCUACGCUUCACUUGGUAUUGCGUCUACGCGGUGGUGUUAUUGAGCCUUCACUCCGUAUCUUGGCACAGAAAUACAACUGUGACAAAAUGAUUUGUCGCAAGUGCUACGCUCGUCUUCAUCCCAGGGCAACCAACUGCCGCAAGUCGAAGUGUGGUCAUACUAACAAUUUGCGCCCCAAAAAGAAGCUGAAAUAAGUGUAUUCUCGGGCAUCUUGCUUGGAAAUGAAAUACAAAAUUUUCAAUG